AUGCAACGUUGCGAGCUAGAAUUUGCGAUAGGUGACAAGGUGUUCCUAAAGGUGUCAGCAAUGAAAGGAGUGAUACGGUUUGGUAGAACAGGCAAGCUUAGCCCUCAUUUUAUUGGCCCAUCCGAGAUUUUGAGAAGAAUUGGGAAAGUGGCUUGCGAGUUGAAGUUACCAUCUGAGAUGGCUAUGGUUCACCCUGUGUUUCAGAUUUCGAUGUUGAGGUUGUACAAGACUAACCCUUCUCAUGACUUGAAUCAUGACGAGAUUGAAAUCAAUGAAGGGUUGUCUUAUGAAGAGAAACCUGUGCAAAUCUUGGAUCUCCAAGUUAGGAGGCCGAGAAUGAAAGAUGUGGCUUUUGUGGCAUAA